AUGUCGCUCGAAGGCUGUAUCGACAGUGAUGCCGGUGGAACAGCAACGGGCACGCUAUCGGGAAGAAGAAGACGAGCACGAGCGUCACCGCCUCGCCUGUCCAUCGGCUCACGAAGAGAGAAGACUUCCAAACAGGACCAAUCUGCCUGCAGCUCAGCAUAUGCCUGCCUAGAUGAAAAGGACUCCGGAGAAACGAAGCCAUCUAUCCGGACUCGCUUGCGGUGCUUGCUUCUGCAAAGGAGAUUGCGUUUCAUGCGAUCCAGUGCAACGGGUGUCGCUUGUUCCAUUGUGCUGUCGAGGGUUGACGUGACUGAGAUAGAAGCAAGCCUCGAGACCAUCAACUUGUCAUUCGCAAAAGGUAUAAGAACCGAAGACGUUGGUGGUCAUAGUCCACUCCCUCGUUCUUCACCUCAACCCAAAGCCCGCUCCUCAUACCUUUGUCCUCUUCCCCUCCUCAAGCGCAAGUCUUCCGGCCCUCGGGAGAGAAAUCUGUCCUGCAUCUCAUCAGCUUCUCCCAACGACUGCACUAUGUCCACCAUGUCAGAAUACACUCUGCCAUCAGCGGAGGUUCUCAAGCACGCCUCGUCCGCCUCCACUCUGCCAUCAGCAGAGAUCUUCAAACACCUCUCGCCCGCCUCGAUCUCCGAGGUAUCCAAAAUCGUCUCUCAAAAAGUAUCGGUCGAAACGGUCUACUUCUUCCCCAUCGCCUUCAUCACGCUCCUCUUCAUCCUCUACUUCCUCGCCAACCUCCUGCACAAUCUUGUCCUCCCGCGCUGCAUCGGCUAUCGAAGAUGGUCCAGCGUCAAACCGGAACAUCGACGAACCAUGGUGAUCUACAUCCUGCAGAUCGUGCUGACCACGGUUGCGCUCAUCCUGCAGCUGUGCGUAUCUGCGCUGCUCAAGAACGAAUUUUCCGUUUGGAGGUUGAACGUGCUUCGAGCGUCGGCAUGUCUCAUCGCAGCGCUGUACCUGUACGAGCUGAUCUACCGGUACCGAAUGACGUAUCCGAUGAUCUCGCACCACAUGAUCACGUGCUUCGCCAUGUCGCUUUCGCUCGUCAUGCUCGAACGUCAGCAAGACCCGAGCUUCGCCAUCACCGGAUUGCUGUGGAUCUUCCAGGCAACGACGGAACAGACCGUGUUCGUAGCGCUCUUCCUGUAUCGACUCGAAGCACCGGUUAAGGUUCUCCGACCGCUCUUCCGUGCUAGUGCGGUGCAGAGCCUGGUGUUCAAGUUCGCCAGCAUCGGCGGAACGGUCUGGGUGUGGGUCAAGUACCAGAGGCACUCGCAGGGUGAGCUGGCGAGGGCGUGGGAUGGCCUGUACUGGGUGUGCACCAUCGGAUUGGCUUUCUGCCAGGUGUGGGGCGCGUGGGUGGUCUGGAGCAUGGGCGACUCGUUGGAGAAGAGGUACGAGAAGAAGAGGGUGGCGCAGGAGGAGAAGGACCUGAAGCAGUUCACCGCUGUCCUUGCCAGCAAGAUCGAGACACGCGGCGUAUGCAGUGGCGAGACGAGUCAGGGUUCGAGUAGGACCCCGAGCAGUCAAUUUGAGGAUUUGGAAAAGGCAGACUUCGAGGUCCAGGCGAGCAAGGUGCAAGUUCAAAAGAGCCGUAGAGGCUACUACUAA